AUAGUCUGGUCAGCUCAUGUUUAUGUCUCACGUCUCAUUGCCUCACGCUCAUAGUGUUUUUUUCGCUCUGCUUCAGGACUUAAACCUAUUGGAUCCUCACCUGGUCGCUGUCCUCCUACGCUGCUGUUUAUCCGCCUCAAGAAACCUCCAGCCAGCCGCCUCUCCUCGCCAUGGUUCAAGCCUCGCCCACGCCGCAGAACUCCCUCAAGGAAAUUUCUCCUCAAGAUUUCUCCAGCUAGCCUUAGCUCUUUGACUAGAGAUAAACCUGUCAAGACCUAUUUCAGAUUAAACCACUUGAAACUUACCAUUGAGUCCUAGCCUCCUUCCGGGUUCCAGCAUCUGGGUCAUUCUGAACUCACGUCCGUAUCAUGACAGAACGAACUGGCCAAACCUCUGACCCAGCUGACCCGGAAGGGCUCCGCCAUGCAGUUACCCAACAAGGUAUUUUUCUGGGACUUCAGUUUAACUUACUCACUCGUAUUACGUCUGUCCAAGAGGAUCUGGUUUCUCGCAUCAACGGUAUCACUCGGACUCUUAAUGAAUUUUCUGGUCAAACUUCAAGGCCUACAGUCUCUGCUCCGCCUCCUAUUUCCGGCAACAACGCUACAUCCGCUUCCACCCUCAUCCCGGAAAAUGUUCGACUACAGCCGGAACCUUUUUUCGGGGAUGUUUCUGCCUGCGGAGGGUUCCUUCUGCAAUGUGAACUGAUUUUCCAACAAGCCCCCAGGUAUUAUCAAGCCGAUCACACUCGUAUCUCACUAAUCGUGAACUCUCUCCGUAGUAAGGCGCUGCAAUGGGCUCAAGCUUUCCUGGCCUCCCAUCCUAUCUCGCAUCUCCCUUUCGAACGCUUCCUGGGAGAGUUUCGCCUCGUCUUCGACCGGCCUCGAAAGCAGGAGGAAGCCACCCGACGGUUGCUAGGUCUCAGGCAGGGUAACCGUCCGGAAUUGGAUCUGGCGGUUCCCUCUAUCCAGCUCCAUCUGCAGCGCUGUCAGGAGAUCUGGCUGCAGACCAAGGCCGCUCUCGUCCGCACCGCUGAGAAUAACCGCCAGAUUGCCAACCGUCACAGGGGGGUGAGUCCCGAAUACCAACCAGGUCAAAGGGUGUGGCUGUCCUCCCGUAAUGUCCCUCUCCAGGCGUCCUCUCGCAAGCUGUCGCCCAAGUUCAUUGGGCCAUAUACUAUCGACCGGGUCAUCAAUCCGACCUGUGUUCGACUUCGUCUGCCGGCGGCUCUGCAAAUACACCCCACAUUCCAUGUGUCACAGAUCAAGCCUGUUUCCGAGAGCCCUUUGUGCCCGCCGUCCACUUCCCCGCCGCCCGCCCGUACCAUCGAUGGGGCCCCCGCCUUCACUGUCUCCAAGAUCUUGGACGUUCGGCGUCGGGGUCGCGGGGUCCAGUUCUUGGUGGAUUGGGAAGGGUAUGGUCCGGAGGAACGCUCGUGGAUCUCGCGUUCGCUCAUCCUGGACCAUACCCUCAUCGACGACUUCUAUGCUGCCCAUCCUGAUCGUCGCCCUGGACCGCCUGGUGGCGGUCGUUGAGGGGGGGGUACUGUCAUGGCCUGGCAGCUACUCCCUCCUCCCCCCUCCUUC